GGCGAAGAGCUGUACACAAACACAGUGCUGAAACAACAACAACAACACACAUCUAAAAGCCCAGGCUAGAGAUGGGAUAGCAUGCAAGAUUUACACUCAGAUUGCCUAUACCAAGCUAAUUAGAAGACAAACAUGUAUUUCACUUCAAUUGACCACACAAUAAAAAAAACGUCUACAAUUAUAUACCCUUCGGUAUUUUCCGUAAAGGAGGACAUUCUACUCUGGCGCUUUGCGGAAACAUCGAAUGCGGAAGAAAUUGUAUUGAGUUGCAUCGGCGCAGCCCAUCAAGACCGAUAGACAGUGAAGCACAGAAGAUAGACAGUGUUUAUCACUAUCGGAUGGACUGGCCCAUGGAUCUGCUCCCAUUGCCCCCCUGUGCUGAGCUGGGGAUCCGUCCUCUGAGUGGGCUCCUGUGGACCCUGCUGCUCCUCUUCCUAUGGUAUUGUUACAGGGUGGGCUCCGACCCGCCAGCCCCAGGCAGAGCCAUCCCAGGAAAGCACAAGUCCGGCUCCAGACGCUCUGUGUUGUCCCGCGCCGGCAGCUGUGCCGGAGCAGAGUGCAGUGCCACAUCAAAGGUGACCACUGAUGGUCGGGGGACUCCCUGCAUCACCAUGGAGAUGGGAGAUGGGGGAGGAGGAGCAGGGGCGAGGCUACCUGACCCCUGUGCUGAGCCAUGCCCUGUUCCCAGCCCAGGCCACAGCGAGUGGCAGGAAGCUUUAUGCAGCACUGCAGGAGUAUGCAAAGCGCUACAGCUGGGCUGGCAUGGGACGCGUUCAUAAAGGACUCCGGGAUCAGGCCACAUUAAAUGAUCGCUCCUCCAUCCAAAAGCCUCAUCUCUUCUUCCUCCCAGAUGUCCCCAGCAUUCCUUUUUUCCCACGUGACGCCCAUCGACAUGACAUUGAGGUCUUGGAGGCCAACUAUCCUGUAAUCCUUGCAGAGUUCCAGGCGGUCUACCAGAGAGGCAUGGAUCCAAAGAUGGGCUGGACCGGCCUGGGACCUAAGGGCCAAGCCGUGUUCCCCUUGUACAACGCAGGCGUGUGUGUAGCAGGGAACUGGCGCUCCUGUCCCUGCACCUACCGCACUCUUCUCACCUUGCGCACCUUCAUAAGAGUGCAGAUCCCACCUCAGUGUGAGCUGGUGGUGGGAGGAGAGCCUCAAUGCUGGUCAGAGGGACACUGCCUCCUGGUGGAUGACUCCUUCCUGCACACUGUCUCCCACAAUGCAUUCUUUAGAGGGCUUGGUGUGUCUGAUGGUGACUUCCUCUCCCGGGUGCCCGUACCUCGGCUGAGGGACGUGAAGAUGGAUUGGAUCAUUGGUCGCGUCGAAUGUCUUCCGGCUCCUGUGCGCUCUGUGGCCGGUUAUGGUCCAAAGUAG